UAAAAACCAUCGAGGCGCUGUUAAUGUGCUACUCCGGCCGCGGAGGAUGGAUUUACAUUUACUUGACAUUAGCUGGUGAGCGAACCACGAGAGCGAGCUUUCAGGGCGGUUUAGGGUUUACUGUUUAGUACUCAGAUGCACAACAACGUCAGUUACUGGCAUAACAAUGGAAGAGAUUGCAGUAGAAAAAGAACAUGUAGGAGAACCGGGGACCCCUUAUAUUACGACAAUACAAUUGCAAGAAGCAGUUGACGCUCAUCCAGACGACCCCUCUUCCCAUUUGAAACUCGGGAUUUUCCUGUGGGACAAUGGACGAAGCCACGAUAAGGCGGCUGCGGCGGACCAUUUCCUGAAAUCAGCCAAGUUAGACAAUCGGAAUGGUGCCGCUUUCAAAUAUUUAGGGCAUUAUUACGCCACAUUUUCUGUCGAUAUCGAGAGGGCUCUUAAGUGCUACCAGAGAGCUGUCAGUCUCGAUGCUGAAGAUUUUCAAUCUGGGGAAGCCUUGUGCAAUCUGUUACACCAUGAAGGAAAGGAAAGUCUAGAGGUUGCUAUAUGCAAAGAGGCUUCUGCUAAGUCACCCAGGGCCUUCUGGGCUUUCCGGAGGUUGGGCUACUUGCAGGUUUAUGAAAAGAAAUGGGCUGAAGCUGUUCUAAGUCUUCAGCAUGCCAUUCGAGGAUAUCCUUCUUGUGCUGAUCUGUGGGAAGCCCUGGGUCUUGCGUAUCAGCGACUUGGCAGAUUUACUGCUGCAAUUAAGUCUUAUGCUCGGGCCAUUGAAAUUGAAGAAGAUAGAGUUCUUGCUUGGGUUGAGAGUGGAAAUAUUUUCUUGACGCUUGGUUCGUUCAAGAAAGGAGUUGAACACUUUCAGCAAGCUCUAGAGAUAUCACCUAAAAGUAUUACUGCACAAUUUGGGCUCUCUUCAGGGCUUCUUGGUUUGGCAAAGGAAUGCAUUAAUAAAGGGGCGUUUAAAUGGGCAUCCUUUUUGUCAGAGGAAGCAUCUAAAGUUGCAAGAGGAAGUACUCAUUUAGCUGGAAACUUGUCGUGUAUUUGGAAGUUGCUUGGAGAUAUUCAGCUUACGUAUGCAAAAUGUUAUCCAUGGAUGGGAGAUGACUGUGGAGUAGGAAUGAGUUCAGAAUCUUUUAGAUCUUCCGUCCUCUCCUGGAAACAGACCUGCAGUUUGGCUUUAUUUUCUGCCAGAUGUUCCUACCAGCAAGCUCUGCACUUGGCUCCAUGGGAAGCUAAUAUUUACACAGAUAUUGCUAUCACUUUAGAUCUUAUUUCCUCCUCGAGCAAUGACUCUGGAUCUGGAUUCAAUUCCUGGCAGAUAUCUGAAAAGAUGACAUUAGGGGCCUUGAUGCUCGAGGGUGACAAUCAUGAAUUUUGGGUGGCAAUGGGAUGCCUCUCUAACCAGGAUGCAUUGAAGCAACAUGCUUACAUAAGGGCAUUGCAGUUAGACGGAUCUCUAGCUGUAGCCUGGGCUUAUCUUGGGAAGCUAUACAGGAAUAGGGGUGAGAAGCAAUUGGCAAAGGAGGCAUUUGAUUACGCCAGAAGUAUAGAUCCUUCGCUAGCGAUACCCUGGGCUGGCAUGUCAGCUGAUUUGAACAUUAGGGAGUCCACAUCAGAUGAAGCGUUUGAAAGCUGUUUGAGAGCUGCUCAAAUACUACCUGUGGCGGAAUUCCAAAUUGGUCUUGCCAGGCUUUCUCUGCAGGCAGGCCAUCUUUCAUCUCCACAGGUGUUUGGAGCCAUACGUCAGGCUGUUCAACUUGCACCUUGUUACCCGGAAUCCCAUAAUUUGAAUGGACUAGCUUUUGAGGCACACUUAGACUAUCAAUCUGCUGUUGCUGCUUAUCGUCUAGCACGCCUCUCAAUCAGCUAUUUUUCAAAUAGGGUUCCAAGGUCUCAUGUCAGAGAUAUAUCAAUCAACUUAGCCAGAUCACUCUGCAUGGUGGGUAAUUUCUUUGAAGCUUCGCAGGAAUGUGAAAAUUUGACUAAAGAAGGCAUGCUCGAUGUUCAAGGUUUGCAGGUAUAUGCUUUUUCUCUAUGGCAAUUUGGAAAAAAUGAACAGGCCCUUACUGCUGUGAGAACCCUUGCUGCUGGCAUCUCUACCAUGGAAAGAACAUGCGUUGCAGCAUCUGUUAGUUUCAUAUGUAGAUUGUUGUAUACAAUAUCCGGAUUGGAUCCAGCAAUUAGCAGUAUCAUGAAGAUGCCAAAAGAUUUUUUCCAGAGUUCAAAAAUGAGCUUUGUAGUGUUUGCUAUUCAUGCUAUUGAUUGGAGUGAUCGGCUUGAGCCUAUUGUUUUAAGCAGCCGUUCGUGUCUCCGGUCUCAUGAAGAGAUCACUAAAAUGCACUUUUUGAUUGCUCUCUCUAAGUUGAUCAAACAUCGAUCCGAUAACUGCCUAGGAUUUCGGAGUGGAGUGAUGCAUCUCAGAAAAGCUCUUCAUGCAUACCCCAAUAGUAGUUUGAUAAGGAACCUGCUUGGUUAUCUUUUGUUAUCCAACGAAGAAAGAGAUGACAGUCACAGUGCUACUAGGUGCUGCAACAUGUUGUAUGGUUUUGACAAACAAAAUGGAGGUCUGAAAUCUGCAUAUGAAAUUCAUGGUGCUGGAGCAGUUGCCUGCUAUACAAUUGGCACCAGUCAUCCGCGAUUUUCUUUCCCAACAUGUUCAUAUCAGUGCCAGAACGGGAUUGGGAUCAUCCGAGAACUUCAGAAGUGCUUGCAUCAAGAGCCAUGGAACUAUGAUGCUCGAUAUCUUCUUAUACUGAACUUUCUGCAGAAGGCACGUGAAGAAAGAUUCCCUUAUCAUCUACGUGUGACGAUUGAGCGGCUAAUCUCGGUUGCCUUUUCCAAUGAAUUAUAUUUGAAAAAAGAUACGUCCUAUCAAUAUAAAAAGUUUCAGCUGUUACUUUGUGCAUCUGAGAUCAGUUUCCAAGGCGGUAGCCAAAUUAAAUGCAUUAACUACGCGGAAGCUGCGUCGUCUAUUUCACUUCCUGAUAAUUAUCUAUUUUGUGCACACUUGUUACUAUGCCGAGCCUAUGCUGCAGAAAAUGAUUCUAACAACCUCCGCAGAGAGUUCAUAAAAUGUUUGGACUUACAGACAGAUAACUAUCUUGGUUGGGUAUGUCUUAAAUUCAUUGCAUCUCGAUAUGAGCUUCAUGCUGAAUCCAAUAUCUUAGAACGUAGUUUUAAGGAAUGCUUGAAAGAGAGAGAGAAUCUACAACACAUGUCAAUGCCCAUGUUUAGUAUGGUGGAUGGUUUAACAUCCUUUUGGAGCCAGGAUUUUAUGGUUGCUGAGAAGUUUUUUGCUCAAGCUUGUUCGUUGGGAUGCGAUGAUGUCUGUCACCUCCUCUGUCAUGGUGUAACCUGCAUGGAACUUGCGAGGCAGCUUUGCAGUUCUCAUUUCUUGAUGCUGGCUGUGAACAGUCUCCUCAAAGCUCAAGUAAUUUCUGUUGUUCCAGUACCUAUUGUAUCGAUCAUGCUGGCUCAAGCAGAAGGGAGCCUUGGCUUGAAAGAAAAGUGGGAGUCAAACCUUCGUUUCGAAUGGUUCUCGUGGCCACCAGAUAUGAGGUCUGCAGAGCUGUUGUUUCAAAUGCAUUUGUUUGCAAAACAGUCGAAAGUUGGGUCUGAUCAAUUGGGCGUCGAGUCACGUCAGCCUCCUCUGAGAUGGGUUCUUCGUGCAAUCCACGUAAACCCUUCUUGUAUGAGAUACUGGAAGGUGUUGCAGAGCUUGUGGAAGGAGAUCUGACAUUUCCAUGCCGGAAUUUGAGCUUGAUUUCUCCCGUGUCCUGGGACAGAAUUCAAAUCAUAUUGUCGGAUGAUGGCAGUGGUUUCCCAUUAUUUCUUAAUUUCUCCCUUUGAGCUGUUGUAUUAACUAGCUAAAGUUCUUUGGGGCUAGAAAGUUUUUUGUUCUUGGAAAUAAAGUGGCCAUAUCUAAGUUUUAAGAUUAGACCUAGGAGAAGUUGAUGUUUUCAAAAAACCAAGAAAGAAAUUGUAGUUAAUUAUGCAAAUACGGAACUUCAAAUGUGAAAAUGUUGUGUUUUCAAGAAA